UCAAGAUUCAAGCAAAAGGCUCAGAAUAUUUAAUUUGAGUUGAUGAAUUUUAGGUCCAGUAAUCAACUUUCAUGGUCUAAUAUACAAAUUGGUCAUAGUCUUAAUAAUUUCUGACAUGCUGUAUAUCUGAAUCUGCAAUUGUACAUGUAUAUCCAUAGUUUUUACAGUAAUGGUUAUAUAUUCAUUAAUUAAUGAUAAAGAUAUGUCAUAAAAUCUAUCUCUAACAAUUUCCCUUUUUUUUCCAGAUUAUAAUGAAAUCCAGACUUUUAUAACCAAUGGUACCCUCUCAAAGUUAGCUGACCGAUGGCAGGAUAUGGUGUCAGUAUUUGGUGGCUACGCAGCCUGUAUUGUGUUUGGGUUGCUGUUUGCCAUCUUUAUGCCCAUCAUCGGUCUCUUCUUCUGUUGCUGCUAUUGUUGCUGCAAAAGAUGCGGGAAAGCACGAGAAAAAUCAGAUCCAAAAUCAGCUGGUUGCAAACGUGCAACAUUUUGUCUCUUUUUAGCAAUUUUUGCAACAAUGAUGCUGACUGGUGCUAUUGUGGCCAUUAUUUCAAAUGAAGUCCUUCAUACCAAGUUACAGAACUCAGACCAGCGAGGUCCUGUACAAUAUAUGAAAUCAGGAUUGUCAGAAUUAGCAGAUUACGCAGCACAGACCACAAAGGACCUGAACAGUAAAACAACAAUUGAAGUUACAAGCACUGUGAACCGGAUUGUGGCAACAAUUAAAGAGUCAGCAAACACAACAGUAGAAGAAGUUUUAAAGUUGAUCAAUGCAGACUCCCUGUUAAACCAGACAGAGGGCCUAGGAAAAGAUGCAACCAAUGUAUUUAAUGCCCUAGUUGAUGUAACCAGAACCUUAACAGACCUGAGGGAUUAUAAAAAGAAUGUCCUGGAUGUAAAAGUCACAGAUAUCAAUACUAACAUAAGUAAUUCAUGUACAAGUAAAGGUGUUAGUGCUUCUAGUUGUCCAACACUGCAGGGAGUCAACCAGAAUUUUACGGCGUUGACAGAUCUGGACAAAGAAUUAAAAAAAGUGAACGAGUCACUUAACAUAACAUCUUUAACCAGUCAGGCAAGAAAUGAGUUUGACGGAGUUGUCCAAAAGGUCAAAGGUUCAAUCAAUGACUCAAUAGCAGAGGCUUCUGAUAAGGCAGAGAGUAUAAAAACUACAUUAGAAAAUGAGAUUUCCCAAUUAACUGGAACAACUGAAAAUUUUGCUGAUGACUUACGGAACACAACUUUCAAAGAAAUUGACAAAAUAGAUGGAUAUCUAAAGGAUUAUGCUGAUUAUGUAUGGUAUGGAGGUAUUGGCCUUCCCUGUGUCAUCGUUUUGACAUCAGUGCUGUACUACCUGGGGAUCAUGUUUGGUUUGUGUGGACAGAGACCUGGACAUGGGGCACCCUGCUGUAACAGAGGAACUGGCUCCAACUUCUUAGUCAGUGGAGUGGUUUGGACGUACCUUCUUUACUGGCUGGUGAUGUAUAUAGUUCUGAUCCUCUUCCUUAUUGGGGGACCAUUAUAUACAAAUGUCUGCCGCAACUUAAAUCAAGGGGUAGAGCAUGUACAGGACUUUGAACCAAUACUGAAAGAUGUUGGGGUUGAUGUGAAAAAGAUGUUAAAUUACAGCUCCUCUUCAAAUUUUUCUAUUGGAAAUGCUUUAAAGAAUUGCAAAAAUGAUAUGGGCCUUUACUCAGCAAUUGCACUACAGGAUAAAUUUGAUCUUGACAGUGUUUUAGAUGUGAACAAUGUAAUGGAUGAAAUUGACAAGUUUAUGAAUGGUGGAAUCACCAAUAUA